CGCUUCGUGGCCAUCGCCGACUUCCCCUGCUGCAGCAGUACUAGACAAGCAUGGCAGAAGAAGAUACUAGUGCAGAAGACUAUCCAACAGAAAUCCAUGACUAUCUGUCAGCGUUUGAGAAUUCUCUUCGUUCUGUGGAUGAAAUGCUGAAGACUAUGAUGUCGGUUUCCAGAAACGAGUUGUUACAGAAGUUGGACCCACUUGAACAGGCCAAGCUGGAUUUAGUUUCUGCUUAUACAUUGAAUUCAAUGUUUUGGGUUUAUUUGGCCACUCAAGGAGUUAAUCCCAAGGAGCAUCCAGUAAAGCAGGAAAUAGAUAGAAUAAGAAUAUAUAUGAACAGAGUCAAAGAAAUUACAGACAAGAAAAUGGCUGCCAAACUGGAUAAAGGAGCUGCUUCAAGAUUUGUAAGAAAUGCUCUCUGGGAAGCCAAACCAGAAAAAGGAUCAAAGUCCUCAAAUAAAGGAAAAAGGAAAAAGUGAAUUUUUGGUUUUGUUUAAUAAAUAUUCUAGAAGUAUUCUAUAUUAACUUUUGGUCUUUUCCCUUCAAAAUAAAUAGAAAGCAUAAGAAGAUUGUGUUGAAUUGUACCUGGAGAAACUAGAUCUAAAUAUGUGUUGAUGUGAAAUUUUUCACUUGAAACUUGUUACAUAACA